AUGGGUAAAAUUCAAAAGAAACACGGAAAAGGUCGAUUGGAUCACUACUAUCGAUUGGCCAAGGAGAAGGGCUACCGAGCGCGAUCGUCGUUCAAAAUCAUCCAGAUCAACCAGAAGUACGGCAAGUUUUUAGAAAAGUCCAAGGUGGUGAUUGAUCUGUGUGCUGCUCCUGGCUCGUGGUGUCAGGUGGCGUCGCAGCUCUGUCCCGUUAACUCACUCAUCAUCGGCUGUGAUAUUGUUCCCAUCAAGCCGCUUCCUAACGUCAUCACUUUCCAGUCAGAUAUCACCACUGACCACUGCCGACAGCAGCUUCGACAAUACAUGAAAACGUGGAAGGCGGACACAGUCAUGCACGAUGGUGCGCCCAACGUGGGUAUGGCGUGGGCCCAGGAUGCCUUCACGCAGUCCGAGCUGGUUCUGCAAUCGCUCAAGCUGGCGGUGGAGUUCCUCAACAAGGGCGGAACCUUUGUCACCAAGGUGUUCCGAUCCAAAGAUUACAACAACCUCAUGUGGGUGUUCCAGCAGUUUUUCGAGAAGGUGGAGGCCACCAAACCGCCCUCUUCGCGAAACGUGUCCGCCGAGAUUUUCGUCGUCUGUCUUAAGUUCAAGGCUCCCAAGAAAAUCGACCCCCGACUGCUGGACGCCAAGUACGUGUUCGAGGAGGUGUCUCAGGGCAACAACAACAACGAGGCCAAGGUGUUCAACCCCGAGGUCAAGCGACGAAAGCGAGAGGGUUACGAGGAGGGCGAGUACCUGCAACACAAGCGUCUGUCCAUUCUGGACUUUAUCACAGACUCUACUCCCAUUGACAAUCUGGGAGAGACCAACGAGAUGACGUGGACCCCCAGAUCCAUCAAGGAGGGAGAGGUUGACGAGGAGGAAGAGAAGGAGAAGGAUAAGGAGGCUCGAGACGAGCGGGGAAACGUCCAGUAUGUGCUUGACGACAAGGUUUACUCGGACGAAGACGCUCUCAAGAUGGUGUCCAAGCUGCCCCAGACCACCCCAGAGCUGCUCGAGUGUCUCAAGGAUCUCAAGGUGCUAGGCCGAAAGGAGUUCCGGGCCAUUCUCAAGUGGCGACUCAGCGCACGUGACCUUCUGCAGAUUGACAAGCCCGAGGCCGGAGUGGAGGUUGAGGAGGAGGAGCUGGACGAGGACCAGCUGAUUGACAAGGAGCUGUCUGAGCUUGGCGAGCGAGAAAAGGCCCGUAAGAAGCGGGAAAGACGACGCCGAAACGAAAUGAAACAGCGAGAAAUCCAGCGAAUGCAGAUGAACAUGACCACCCCCACAGAGCUCGGUAUCGAGGCUGCCAAAAUGGAGUCACUGUUCAACCUGAAACAGGCGGAGCGAACCGGCAAGCUGAGCGAGCUGCAGAAGGGUAAGCGAAGCCAUGUGAGCGAGACAGGCGACGAGCACGUGACUCUGGAAGAGGCCGAGCGGGUCGACUACGGCUCCGACGACGAGGCCAACGGUCUGGAGGAUGAGCUCGAGUCCAUGUACACCGAGUAUCUGGAGAACAAGGCUGCUCGAACUGCCAAGAGUGUGGUUCAGCGAAAGAAAGCCAAUGUUGAGACCGAGGAGUGGUUUGGUAUUUCCGACAAGAAGGAUGGUGACGAGUCUGACGGCGAAAUGUCUGCUGACGAUGUUGACAUGGCCACCAUUGACGAUGGCGAAGACGAGGACGACGGCAAGACUGCCCGAACUCUCAACAACGGCAACAUGUUCUUUUCCAACCCGAUUUUCGACAAUCUGGUGAACGCCGCCGUGGCCAAGACCGAGGCCAAACCCAAGGCUCUGGACCUGCUGGAGCCCGGAGCCAAGGACCUGAUUGAGCUGGAGAAGGCCAAGAAGCGCAAGUACGCCAAGAAGAACGGUCUCGAAUACUCCGACAGUGAAGACGAGGAGGACGAUAUCGUCAUGGAGACCCAGAAGCAGGACGAUUCUGACAUUGAGUACGUGCAUGGCGAGUCUGACUCCGACGACGAGCCCAACAUUGAUCUGGUGACCGACCAGGCCAUGACCAUGGCCCACCAGUUGGCCACCGGCCAGACCAACAAACACAAGCUCCAGGACGAUGGCUACAACCGGUACUCGUUCCGAGACCUGGACGGCCUGCCCCAGUGGUUCCAGGACGACGAAAACAAACAUAACAAGCUCAACAAGCCCAUCACCAAGGAGGCUGUGGAGGCGCUUAAGCAGAAGAUGAAGACUCUCAACGCCCGGCCCAUCAAGAAGGUGUUGGAGGCCAAGGGCCGAAAGAAGAUGCGAGCUCUCCGACGACUGGAGCAGAUGAAGAAGAAGUCCGAGCUGAUCAACGAAGAUGGCGCGCGAUCGGAGAAGGAGAAGGCCGAUGACAUUUCCAAGCUCAUGCGAAAGCUCGCCAAGCCCCAGAAGUCCAAGAAGAAGACCGUCACCGUCGUCUACGCCGGAGGAAAGAACAAGGGUAUUGCUGGCCGACCUAGAGGAGUCACAGGAAAGUAUAAGAUGGUUGAUGGAACCAUGAAGAAGGAGCAGCGUGCUAUUCGACGAAUUAAGAAGAAGAUGGGCAAGAAAUAG